AUGCAGCCCACAACCACCACCGUCGGCGUCCUCGCGCUCCAGGGCGGCUUCUCCGAGCACGUCGACCUCGUCCGCUCUGCCGCCGCCCAGCUCGCCGACUCCCUUCCCACAACCGUCACCGCCGUCGAGGUGCGCACCCCGGACGAUCUCACCCGCUGCGACGCCCUCAUCAUCCCUGGCGGCGAGAGCGCCACCAUUUCGCUCAUCGCCCGCCGGACCGGCCUUGUCGAGCCCUUGCGCGAGUUUGUCAAUGUCCUUAAGAAGCCCACCUGGGGCACCUGCGCAGGACUCAUCCUCCUCUCCAAGGAAGCCAAAGCCGCCAAGCAGAGCGACCUGGCUCUUAUCGGCGGCCUCGACGUGUGCGUUCACCGCAACCACUUUGGCCGCCAAUUCGACAGCUUUACCGCGCCCCUUGACCUGCCCUUCCUGCCCGACUCUGCCACCAAGCCCUUUGUCGGCUUCUUCAUCCGCGCCCCCAUCGUCGAAGAGGUUCUCCGCCCGUCCACCACUAGCGACAAACCUUCUUCGACCGAAGGAGUCACCAUCGUCGCCAGGCUCCCCGAUCACCUCAACGGAGCCAAGAACAAGACCAUCACUUCUGAGGUGGUCGUCAGCGGCGCCGCUGGAGACAUUGUUGCGGUCAGACAGGGCAACGUCCUCGGCACCAGCUUUCAUCCGGAGUUGACGCCGGACGCGCGCAUGCACGCCUGGUUCCUGCAGGAGUUUGUGCUGAAGAGCAGGGCAUGA